GGCAUAUUAAAAUAUUAGAUCCUAUAAAGAAUAUAGAUCUGUAUGUAAAUAAAUACAUACAAGAUGUUCACUACAUUCCCAUUAUUGAACCAAAAAUAGAAUCUUAUAAAACGGCUAUUAACUUCUGCGAGAAAUGAUUUUUGAUAGUGAAGUCAUUUCAAUCAAUGAGCUUAUCUUAGACAUUUCAAAACAAAAUCAGUUGGUUUCAUUCAAUCUGUUGAAGUCGAAAUCAUAAUAUAGAAUUCAAAAUUUUAAGAAACCGAAAAACUUAAAAGUAAUAUAAAAUCAAUCUUCUAAUUGAUUAUUCCUAAGCAGUUCCUCAAAACCAAAAAGAAGAAAAGUCUAAAACUUAUGAUGAACUAAGUUAAGUUUCUGUUUAAUACGGGGCGUCAAGUAUCACAGAUAGAAUACAGUUUAAUAAUCGAUAUUAUGAAGUGUACUGAGAAAAGAUGAAAGUAACAUAUUUUAUUCAUGAAUCAGUUUAAUUAAGCACAGAUCUGAAUUAAAACAAACUGCAUACAAAGUGUAUAUGGAUCUAAGAGUACUUAUAAGUAGCGUAAUUAACAUAAAAACAAGUAGCAAAAUAAAUCGAUACUGAUAAUAGUCAAGAUUUCGGCAGGUUUGAUUAGAUAGUGUGUUACCUCCCGCGUAUUAUCGUAUUUUUUGCCGGUCUUUGAUAAUAUUAAUUUUGAACUUGUUAUUUAGUAAUUUCAUAAUGAGUAAAGGGAAAAGUGAAGAAUCUCAAUCUGGCGAAAAUGAUAACUAUGGUUAUGAAUUAUUUCCUGAACGAAAAGGCGAAUUUACUCCCACUGUAACUGGAGUACUUACAGGAAAUCAAGGAAGGGAAGGAAUAGAGAGACUGAAAUGUGAAAGAAAUGUGUAUAAAUGUUUCACGACUAGUAAAUUAGUUAAACUGAUGGCAGGUGCUUUGAAGGCCUCUGGAUGUGAUAUAGAUUUGAGAAGACACGUUGUAUGUGAAGUAUGUAAUUCAAGAGUUAGUGGUGGCUAUGACCCUGAAACAAAUCAGAUUGUCAUUUGUCAAAACAAUUCAAGAAGUGAAGGAGUCGUUCAAGGUAUCAUGACCCAUGAAAUGAUCCACAUGUUUGAUUACUGCAAUAAUAAAGUAGAUUUCAAGAAUAUUGACCAUUUAGCCUGUACUGAAAUCAGAGCAGCAAACCUUACUCACUGUAGCUUGACUUCAUCUAUUCUUCAGGGAGAUGUAUCACCUUUUGACAUCAAAGCAAACCAUAAAAUCUGUGUUAAAAGAAAAGCUAUCACUUCAAUAAUUGCAGUUAGAAAUGUUAGCGUCGAUGAGGCCAUAGCAGCAGUUGAACGAGUUUUUCCAAAAUGUUACAAUGAUUUAGAACCUAUUGGACGGAGAAUAAAAGGUGGUGGUGCUGAUGCCAAACGAGCUUAUGCUGAAGGCUUUCUUUAUGGUUAUGUUUAGUAUGAGUUAAUUUAAUUCAUUUUUAGUUACUUUAGUUGACUUAUAGUUUUUAUGUAUUAUAUAAUAACAACAAAAUACCAUUUUAACUGUUUUCAAGGUAUAGUUUUUUAAAAUUAUAAGGAAUACUACUCAAAUUUAAUUAAAACAAUAAUUGUAAACCAACAAAAAUUGAAAUGAAAUUUAGGGUGAUGGUAAAGAUAUCAACUAAGUUUUUCGCAGGGCAAUGGUUCAUCAUGUUGGGUUAUCUUAACUUUAAAUAUAUUUAUCCAUUUGUAGCAUCAAUUGCUUAAAAUUAUUUAACUUUAUAAAUUUUGUAGUAUAAUACUUUUAAAAGUAAUAAUAAAGGGAUUUUAAAUACGUUCUUUAAAACAAUAAUUAUAUUGUAACUACUGUAGCAACAUAUGACUUAUUGCUUUUGUCUUAAGUUUUACUACUUGAUCAGCUGGUCUGGUUUUGUAGUUUAAAGUAAUAUAGCAUUGUCAUAUAGUGAAGCGCAUCUUUGUUGCCAAAUCAUGCAUUUGGGCCAGAUAGAGUCAAUGAGUAAAGAAGAGUUGAUGUUUUGACUCAUGAUCGGUUACACCUUAAAUUAAUUCUACAAAUCAGAAAAAUAAUUAGCUCAAAACAACCAACAGGCCCCCGCUAUCAAGUUCUAAAAGUUAAACUUUUAAAACAAACAUUUCACAUUGUACUAUCUAAAAUAAUAUGACAUUUAAGUUCUUGCUGUAAAUAUCAUCUUUACUGAAUGAUAUUAUUCAUUAAGAGUAUAACAAUUGUGUAUUAGGUUUUAAACCGAAAAAUCUCUUAAGUUAUUAGCUAUAUAUAUAUUAGCUAUAUUCCAACAAAUGUCAUAAAUUUAGUUUGAAUUAAAUCAAGGGUUAAGCUUUCAAAUUGUUGUUGUAGAUUAGAAACUUAUAUCAGAAAUUAUAAAAAUUGUUUCAUAACUUUGGGAUGCAAGUUGUUUACUGUAUUCUCCUUCCAAAUACCUUUGUUUGACUUUUUCUUAUCAUUUUUUAUUUAUUUUUAUGUUUUACUUAUUUGAUAGUCUUAGACGACUAAUAUUCUAUUCAUUAUUUCAUGUAAGAGGGUGAGUGGUCCAGACUAUAAUUUGUGAGCAGUUGUCAUUGUUAUAACCUUGUCCUCUUCUUUGUCUGCAAUAAAGUUAGAUGAUUUUUUUAUCAAUUAAAAUCUUACUUUUCAAAUGAUUAAUGUAAAUUGCCUAGAAAUUUUUAUAUUUGGGUUGUAGUUUUGGAUCAGUAAGUAAAUUUGAGUUGCAAGUAUUCUCAUUUGAAUUUUUAUCGCUCAGAAAUUUUUUUUUUAACAAUAUUUGCUUUAGCAUGAUAUGAAUAUUGAUUUAGGAUUUUCAUUGCCAAGGCAGUUCCGUUUCUUUCUAUCUCAUACUCAAAAUAUUUUGAAUUUUAAUUUAUACAUAAAGUGAAUAUGUUCCCAGGUUGGGUUUAUCCCAACUAACGUACAUCCUCAUUUAAACUAUAUAAAAGCAUACAUUAAUUAUUAUAACACUUAUUUAUAAAUUUCCAUUCUAUUUGUCAGGGUCUAUUCUUGGUGCGCGUUCGAUCUGUCCAUUUAUAUAUUCUUCACUCACCCUAUGAUGCAUCUACUUCUCCUCUGUACUGGUGCAUUCACUUCCACAACCUUCUGCUGUUGACACUUACCAUUUGGGAACCAACAUCUUCUCACCGGUCCUGGUUCCUAGCCGGCUGCCAUCUGUACUUCCUGUCAGUAGUUCGUGAUGUCCCCACCUUCACGCCAAUAUUCAAAAACAUUAUGUAAUAUUGACAUUACAAUAUCUUAAUUGAAGCUGUUAGAAAAUAAUGUCCCAUCAUAAAGUUUUACUAAUGUAAUGUGCAAUAUUAAAUAUAUCCCUAAUCUAGCCCUGAGAAGGGUUCAGUAUUCAUGGCGUUUGAAUUUUUUUUUUUUAAUUUUUGCUGUUUUGAAUACUUUUUCAAAUCUUUCCUGCGCCAUGGCUAUCUUUUCUCUUUCUCUCUUCUGUUCCCUUCAUAAAUUUUUUUCUCUCUAGUAUUCCUUAUAACGUCUUGAGGGCCCUUCUCAUUCCAAUCCGCCUUCCAAAUACUGGUGCAGAAUAGAUUCAAAAGAAAAUAAAUAAAUAAAUAUUCUUAAUAUAAAAUAACUCCGGAUGCAGCAUGCAAUACAUGUAUAAUAUUUUUUCCCAUAAAGAUCAAAUUUAUUUAAAAUAAUGUUCCUGCUUGAGCAUUAUUAUAAAUAAACAUUUGACAGCCAGGAAAAUGAGCACUCGCCAGAGCCUCCAGAGUAUCCUCUCCAGAAUAGGUGUUACCUCCUUCAACCCUGACUGUGCUAAUGACUGAGCUGUCUGUUUUGACUGAAUUUAAUGGACUCUGGAUAACGUAUUAUUAAUAUCACUUCAAAAGUUUCUCAACGCCUCCCUUUUUGCCUUACGUACAGCCUUAUUAUAUUCAGUUAGGGCAUGCUUAUAAGUAUCCCAUCUGCCCGUACUCUUGGCGGCAUUAAAGAGUUUUCUAGUUAUGGCUCUUAGCUUGCCAAGUUCAUAGUUGCACCAGGAGAUGGACCUGUUGGAUCUGAUGCAACUGACACUAUUAUUUUCAAUGUAAGACCUCAUAAUUCCCUCAUGUAAUGAGGAGUUGAGGCAUUCCAAAUGCCAAGUGUUCCUAAUAGUCUUAGGAUAGCAUUGGACUUCUUCUUCUAAUUGGAAACAGUAUUUCUCCCAAUUUGUGCGUUUUGGAUUUCAGUAUACAGAUUCAUUCACAUUAUACCCAGACAAAUCAAAUCUGAUAUAACGGUGAUCAGAGCAUGAUUCUUCAUUAGAAACAUGCCAUCUCUCUAUUCUAGAACUCGAGCAACGCGUGCCUAAUGUUAUGUCUAUUACUUCCGAGCGGGUUCUUGGACACUCAUGCUAUACCCAGUCAUAUCCAGUGCUCUAAUCCUUUUCUCGAACAGGUAAGGUUCUUGAAUUAGUACAAUAUCAAUAUCCUUACCUCUAACGUACUGCUGCAGCACUCCACAGGCUGCCACAUAGUGAUGGAGAUUCAUCUGCAACAGCUUAACCAACAUUAUAAAAGGGAUCCAGUUGCAGGAGGACCACCCUCCACUGCUGUCCCCACCCUCAAGCAGUCAGCGCCAAGGUACUUAAUAUAAGUUCUACACAUCUUCACUACCAAAGAAUAUUUAAAGGAAAAUGGCAAUUUUGAUAUUCUUCUCCACUGGGAAUAGGUUUUCAAUGGAGAUGGAGCAUAUUUCUUACAGUGCUUAAAGCGGAGUACGUCUUAAAAUUUCCCGAGGCCUAAUACAUUCUUGUUUAUAUUAAUUUUUGAUAUAUUUUAUGAUAAAAAUAAAAUACAAAUUCAUUCAUUAAUUUUUGAGUAGUAUAUCACAAAGCCCGUCAUCCUUUUCAUCGAAGGUUAUAACAGUCAAAUGACUGAUUAUAUCAUUAAUUUGUACCACAAAGAAAAUAUAUAUUAAGCUCACUUUCAAGCAAUAUGUAUUCCACAAUCACCAGAUGUAUCUACAUUUCUUCUAAUCAUUGAAGCAAUAAUAAAAAAUAAGGUUGUAAAAUUUAAAUUCCUGCAAAUCGAUACUAAAAAGCUCACUUUUAUAAAUAGUUAUCAUUAACAACUCCGUCCGAAUAUUAAAAAAAAAAUAUUGAUGAAAAGCCUUUGACCUAUAUCUAUUGAAUUUUUCGGGAGUGAAAUAUUUUAGAAAAGAUUUGGAUCAUUGGAAUGAAACAACAAAGGAUGCAAUCCAGUUAAUACAUUUUACCUAUUUUGGAGUUGGUACAGUUCCUAGUUAUGCUUGCUUUUGGGAUCUUCCCAGGCCUGGAGGUGUGGACGGGGGAUUAAUGCCAGAGUUGAAAGACAUCCCUCGCCACCGUCACGCUAACAUUCCGAUUCCUGAUUUAAGUACUAGGGUCAUCAGUCUUAGGUCCGGUCGGUGUGAGUUGCCUCCAGUAGUCCGACGGCCUCACAAACCGGGGAAUCCUGUGGUGAGCGUUGGCAUCCAGUCCCGCAAUCACCUUUUCCUUUCCCAUUCUCUCUUCUAAGAUUCUUAGAGCCGCUUUGGGGAUGUCUUCUCCGUAGGAGAGAUACCCUGCUGCCACUAAAAUCCUCUCCUCAUCCUUGCCAGGUCCCUGAAACAAUGAUGCCACAGAGGCAUCAGCUUAAUACUAUUCCUGAACAGGAUACAGGUUCUUGGACAUUCAGGCACUGCAAUAAUGCUAUACCCAGUCAUGUCCAGCCUCCUAAUCCUGUUCUCGAAUUCUUGAAUUAAUACAAUAUCAAUAUCCUUACCUCUAAUGUACUGCUGCAGCACUCCACAGGCUGCCACACAGUGAUGGAGAUUCACCUGCAACAGCUUAACCAUCAUUAUAAGAGGGAGCCAUUUGCUGGAGGACCACCAUCCGCCUGGGUCCGAGGGAGUACAUCCAUUCUGAUAUCAUGUUUCUCAGGUCCAGAGACCCUCCCCCCACCCCACAUCCACCGGAGAUAAGCCCUCCCGAGCUGGCUCAGACUCUACUACCAUUCCUAGUGGAAGCAAAAGUUCCCCCUAACUCCUCUACCUGGGAAACUUUUGAAGAAGCAGUGCCCACAUUUGUGGUCCGCACACUAGGUUUGGGCGGCUUCCUUUUCUCAAACACCUUCAGUGCAACUUUAGCAAUGCCGUACGUCACCAUUACAUUUUUGCCCUCAAGGUGCUUGAUACUAGUUUCAGGGAUCCUAAAGAUUCCAUAGACUCCGUUAGUCUCCUCCUUUGUACACAAUAUCUGCCAACUAUCAAUAUCUGGGAUCCUACCGUUUUGAAUGCUGAGUCUCCUAAUUAAUAGUUUAUCCGCGAUUUUCUCCCCAUGGAAGUAUGCACCCACACUGACCGCUUUCUUAAGUUCCUCAACAUUACCAGCACAGAGUUUAACCCCCCACUGAUAGUGAAGCCCUCCACUACACUGUAGAUCCAAUCUUUGGUGGCUUGGUCAUCGCAGACUAUUAACAUCCUCCCUGAUGGUGGCUUAAGCCACUAAACUGAGGGAUAACACCACCGAACUCCAGACGAUCAACAAAUUUGAUCACCUGUGCUUUAACCUCCUCGCCCUGUUCCCUGGAAAGCUGAACCGAUGGAUAACCACAAGGGAUGAUAACCAUCCUACUGCCCCCAGUCGCCAGAGCAUGAGAAAUUGCACCAGCUUCCCCACUUCUGGCCAUCUUCGCCACAGACGUCGCGUUCCCCGGCGAGGAUCUGGUACGCUUCCUGACCAGCCCAGGCUCCUCACUAAUCGGUGCCAGUACAGUCAGAGCUGCUGCCACCGGUAGCUCAGUCCCAGACAUAGCCUCGAGCCUCUUCAUCCUUUUAUACUUCCUUCGCUGCACACCAGAGAACUUGGGUUUUGGUGGGACUCCAGUUCCACCAGCCGUACCCUUAACAUCCUCUGUUAACACAGAGAGCUUAGAAACCUCAGCUGAGAUAGUCUCAGUGGAGCUUCUUGAAUUUUUCUCACGUGGGUCAUCGAUGGCCUCUCGGAGUAUUUCCCAGCCACUUCCUUCUCUAACAGUCCAAAGCCGCGUCUUUACCAGUAUCAGUCCGUUUUGUUAAGUUCAGUGGUUUGCACAUUUUGGUUCUCACGAGUAUGGAGUGACUUAAGGUUCGCUACAGGUUCUACUCUCUCUCCCUGCAGAAGGCUAAAUACAAUGGGGUGCGCCAGUUGCCCCAAUUGGGUCGAAUUGACAGUGUAUUUUUAUAAGCACCCCUCGUCACUCAGCCAUGGCUCGAGCGCCCUCCACCUAGCUUGGGUGCCGUAGUCGGAUCCACACAACUUUCCUCUAAGGAAGAAGGGAGAAGUGUGGAUCCCCGCUUCUGUCACUAGCGAGUCCCAUCGGACUCCCCGGGAGGAACCACGAGAAGUUGACAGUAGGCGUUGAUAGGGAUAGGGAGGACUGGGAAGUCACAAGCAGUGGGUAGUAGGGCACUAUUGCUUGAUCAUUCUGCAAGGAGUGGGGAAGAAGAUUCCCGCACCCAUCUCCCUCUCCAGCCCUUCUGUUACCCUACCCCAUAUUUUUGCUGUAUUACUUGCAUACAUGUACAUUAACAUAAGAAAAAAAAGCUUCAACAUGAAGUCUUUCUCGAGCAACUUCCUCAGAUUGAACGCGAGGUUUUUUGGAGUUGACAAUGUCUGGUGGGACACCUUCUUGUUUAAAAAGUCUAAUCCUCUCUGUAAAGUUACCAACAUUUGUAUUAAUAUCUUGCAAUGAAAAAUAAAAUACUUAUUUAUUUAACGAUGGGCCUCUGUAAAGUUACCUUGAAUGUGUCCCUUCAUGUUUAAGAAGUCUGAUCCUCUCUGUAAAGUUACCAACAUUUGUAUUAAUAUCUUGCAAUGAAAAACAAAAAAAUAAAAUACUUAUUUAUUUACCGAUGGGCCUGACAAAUAAUUUCAGGCCUACGUAACAGUGAAUGUGACGUUAUUUUAUUUAUUCUUCACAUGCGUCGAGGAAGUCAAUUGUCAAGUUGAUAAUUUACAUGAAUAAACACAUUCUUAUUACAUUAUAUAUUUGCGCAAAAAAGCAUAGGCCACCUAAUGAUGCGGCCCCUCCCCCCCCCCCAGUUCGCCUUGUGACCUCCGCAGUAACCCUCUCCUCCAAUGGAUGUGAGGCUCCAGACCUCCGGGAUCUUGCGCCUCAUCCUCCUCGUCAGAGGAAUCAGACCGAUUCCUCUUUUUCUGCCUUAAGGUCUCUGUAAAGUUACCUUGAAUGUGUCCCUUCAUGCUUAAAAAGUCUGAUCCUCUCUGUAAAGUUACCAACAUUUGUAUUAAUAUCUUGCAAUGAAAAACAAAAAAAUAAAAUACUUAUUUAUUUAACGAUGGGCCUGACAAAUAAUUUUCUUAGUAGCUGCAGCAACUUCCAGUGAAUGUGACGUUAUUUUAUUUAUUCUUCACAUGCGUCGAGGGAGUCAAUUGUCAAGUUGAUAAUUUACAUGAAUAAACACAUUCUUAUUACAUUAUAUAUUUGCGCAAAAAAGCAUAGGCCACCUAAUGAUGCGCCCCCCCCCCCCAGUUCGCCUUGUGACCUCCGCAGUAACCCUCUCCUCCAAUGGAUGUGAGGCUCCAGACCUCUGGGAUCUUAUGCCUCAUCCUCCUCGUCGGAGGAAUCUGACUGAUGACUGACUGAGUGGGGAAGAUUCCCGCACCCAUCUCCCUCUCCAGCCUUCCUGUUACCCUAUCCCAUACUUUUGCUAUAUUACUUUAAUAUGUGUAUAUUAAAAUAAGAAAAAAAAACUUCAUCAUGAAAUAUUUCUCCAUUGUAAACUUCCUCCAAUUAAACGUGAGGUUUUUUGGAGUUGGCAACGUCUGGCGGGACACCUUCAUGUUUAAGAAGUCUAAUCCUCUCUGUAAAGUUACCAACAUUUCUAUUAAUAUCUUGCAAUGAAAAACAAAAAAAUAAAAUACUUAUUUAUUUAACGAUGGGCCAUUAAAAAUUUUUUUUUAUGAUUGUGAAAUCGGAUCUGCUUCAUUACAACAAAUAUUUACAUAAACACUUUCUAUAUUUAUACAAGCAAGCAUAAGGCAAGCUAUUUAUAUAAAUAAACACUUUCUCAUUACAUUGUUUAUUUACAAAAGCAGCCGUACUCAAGCUACGGUGAUUGCCCUACCAUUUAGCCUCGGGAACACCACAUCAAUCUCUGCCUUACUAACAUUUGUAUUAAUAUCUUGCGAUGAAAAAAAAAAGAAAAGCAUAGAUAGUUGGUUUUUCUAAUUUCCUUAGUUGCUGCAGCAACUUCCUGUGAAUGUGACGUUAUUUUAUUUAUUCUUCACAUGCGUCGAGGGAGUCAAUUGUCAAGUUGAUAAUUUACAUGAAUAAACAUAUUCUUAUUACAUUAUAUAUUUGCGCAAAAAAGCAUAGGCCACCUAAUGACGCGCCCCCUCCCCCCAGUUCGCCUUGGGACCUCCGCAGUAACCGUCGCCUCCAAUGGAUGUGAUGCUCCGGACCUUCAGGAUCUGGCGCCCCUCCUCGUCGGAGGAAUCCGACCGAUUCCUCUUUUUUUGCCUUAAGGUCUCUGUAAAGUUACCAACAUUUUUAUUUCUAUCUUGCAAGGAACUCAUUAGUAAAAACUAUGGUGUUGUCCUGCAAUUUUUUGAUACAUUUAUACAUUAAUAGAAAAAUAGAAAACUUAUAAAUCAAUAUUUACAUAAAUAAACACAUUAUAUAUUUACAAAAGCAUCCGUAUACAAGCUGUGGAAGCAGCCUUCUCUUUGGCCCUGGGGCCUCUGCAGCAAUCUCCACCUCCAAUGGAUAUUCUUUUAUUUAUUCUUCAAAUUCGUCUAGGGAGUCAAUCUCAAGUUGAUAAUUGGUAGGGCACCUUAUAUGUUUGAGAAAUCUGAUCUGGUCCUUUUAGUUCUUCUUAAUGUUUCUAACAUUUUCAUUUUUAUAUUGCAAGGAAUAUUCCCUCUUAUUAGUAAAUACCAUCGUGUUGUCUUGCCAUUUGGACUAGGGCUCGCUACAGCGAUCUCCUUCUUCUUCUUCUUUCGAUGGCACAAUGUCCUUGCAGAACCCUGACAUCCUCCACAAUUUUCUGCCAUUCAUCCCUGUCCAAAGCUGCUCUUCUCCACCUUUGCACUCCAAAUGUCCUCAGGUCCUCCUCUACGUCUUCCAGCAAACGCAAUCUGGGACGCCCUCUUCUUCAUCUUCCACCAGGGUGUCGGUCCAGAAGCUUCUUCGGGGUACGCCGCUCCUCCAUCCUCUGCAAAUGUCCCAACUGCCUGAUUCUACUCGUCUUGAUGCAGGUGACAAUAUCCGGGGCCUUGUAUAGAUCACGGAGCUCCUGAUUGUUCCUCUGCCUCCACCAAUCUCCCUCCCACAAGGGGCCAAAAUUCCUUGUCAAAACUUUCCUCGCCGUUAAGGCUAUACGGGAUUUUCCCGGGCCAGGGAGUGUGGGCGGGGAUUUGAAAGACUCCCCCGGCGCCGGGACGUGAACUCGUGACUAUUUUUAUAUCUUUGAUUCAUAUGUCAGGUUGCCGGGCAACAGCGGUGCAGUGCACACGCUUUAGCCUAUUCGGCCACCCCGCCCACUAUGUAAUUAAAAAGAUAAUAAAUUAACUAUGUACAUGUUCAGUACUUGCUCUGACUUUCUGGUGAGGACCCAUGUCUCACUUCCAUAUGUCACCACUAGUGUAAUACGCUGACAUAUAUUUCAGCGACCUCCGCCUUCAAUAAAAGUGAGUGUCUGAUUCUUCAGGUUCUGGCGGUCACCCUCCACUUUGGCUACAUAAAUUGGCAAUUUCUUUGUAACCCUCCUCCAAAAAGCUUCUACGACUUUUAUUUCAUGCUCGGAAUAGCUGUAUAAUUUUUUUUUUUUUUUCUACACAAAAUUUAUCACAUUAUAUCACUCUCUGUAGAUUUGGUUUUAAAAAUUUCUAUUGUUUCAGAAGAGUACAGGCAUUUUGUUUUAUUAAAUCCUGUAGGAAAUUGGUAACUUGUAGGUCUGGUGUUUUAGGUUAAGUGGAAAAGUUUUAAUUUUAUUGAAUCUUGUGUCGUUUUGAAAUAUUUGCAUAUAAUUUGUUGAGUGAUUUAUUAACAGUAAAAUCAGAAGUAGCUUCAGAAAUUAAGGUUUACAAAUAUUAAUUAGAAUUUCUAAUGCCUGUCCAUUGAGGUCAUUAAUCAACAAUGCAACUUUUAAGUUUUCCUCUUUAAUGUUAGAGCUUUGUAAAAAAGCUUGAAAUCUUAAGUUCAAAGUAUUCCACUUUAUUAUUGAAGAAAUGAAACGUUCUAUAUGAUAAAAAUUUAGGUUACUUGUAUCUUUGGUUCAUUUGCUUCACCCUUUUUAUCCAUCCCUUCCUCGUCUACCAGGAUGUAUGGAAAUUUUUCCCAGGCCGGAGGAGAAGGUGGAGGUUUAAUGACAGAGUUACUUAUGGAAACAACCAAUUUAUACAUUUAUGUUAUAAUUUGUGAAUUUUGGUCGUAGCCUUCAAUUUGCAGUUGCAGUGUGUUUUAAAUAUAUUUAUCACUUAUUUCUUGCUAAUGUAACACUUCCAAAUAAUAUUUGUGCCUUAUGAUGAGACAGAGAAAAUAGGUUAUGAUGGCCAACACAUCAAGUAUUAGAACUCCAUAAUAAUGAAAAUGAAGUCUUUAUAUGAGCACAACUAAACAUUUAAGUGAGGACAUUACUUAUUCUUAACAUUGUUCAAUAAUUUCACAACAGGAAAAAAAUAUCACUAUUGUUAUUAUGUACCAAGUUAUAAUUAUUAUUUGAAGAGUACUUAACAUCAUUUGUUAUCAUUAUUCUUGUCACCUACAGUUGUUACUUUUACUAGUAAUCAACUACAAAUCUUGAUUAUUUAAUGAUUAAAUUUUUCUUAUCUUAUCAUGUACAUUUGUAAAUAAGAAAUGUAAUACUCUUUUGUUUAGAGCAUUGCUCUUUGACAAAUUAACAUAUUCAUUCGUUCAGACUAUUUGGACUAAGUUAUGUUUGAAUUUCACAUUUCAAUGUUUGAAACUGAUUUACAUUUAUGCUAAAAACACAAUAAUGUUAUAUAUGUAAAUAAUAAUUAAAUUAAAUAAAUGUUAUUUUUAUCUACAAGUGAUAAACAAAUUUAAAUAUUUACAAUGAAAGUUAUUUUUUGUCAUAUUUAUAACAUUCAGUGCCAUUUUAUUAUGUUUUUAUUUAUUAGAUUUUAGGCCACAGGUUGCCUAUAAAAAAACCGUUUUAUUGUAUUUUUUAUUUCCCAACGUUUUGGCUUCUUGGGCCAUUUUCAAGGAUCUGUAAAAAAACUUUAAUCUAAAAUAUAUCAAUUUUUAUUGUUUACCUUUAUUUUAUCACCCUUAUUAAAUGUAAUCAAUGUUACUAUGGUGUUAUAUUUUUUUUAUUAUUUCAGUUUCAUGUUAGUGUGUAAAUUUACUUCUAAUUGACUAUGUAUUGAUUUAAUUUAGUUUUAAUGUUCUUUUAUAACUGUUAUAGUUUUAUUUUAUUUUGCUGUUUCCUCUUUUAUAUUAUUGUAUUCCUAUAAUUUAACCAUAUUUUUUUAUUUAUUUUAUAAUGUAUUCUUGUAAAUUGUUUAUUAUUUUAUUCAUUAUAUCAAAUCAAAUUAUUGUUUCUAAAUCAUAAAAAUAUAAUUGAUGCUAUCUGACUAAUAAUGCGCAUGGUAACAUUCAUUUUUAACACCAUGAGGAAUAUAAUUAGGUUACAUGUUAUUUUGUUAAUUAUGUUUUUAAUAAUAAAUAUACCCUCAGAGUUUUUAUUUUAUUACUUAUUUUCUAUAGUCAAAUCCAGGUAUAUGGAUAUUAGCUGAAGAUACAUAGUAUUGUUUGCUAGGAUUGCACAGUUAAGUGUAAAAUGGCCUUAUAUAAGUGUUUUAUAGAACUGUGCACAUUGCCAAUUCCCAUACAUGUUUGAGGAGUAUGUAUCACCUCAAAACUAGAGCCAUAUGACAUAUAUGUAUUUAUUGAUCAAGGUGAAUUGCAUGUAGUUUGUGUUAGUAUAAAAUAUAAACUGUUAUACGUAAGUAAUAUAUCACUUUAUUUAUUUAACGAUUACUUUAUUUCAUUUUAUAUAUAUAUACAGUGACGGACAAAAAAUUCCACCCACUUGAUUUUUCAAUGUUUUCAUCUAAAAAUAUUUCUGCAAAGUUGUAUUUGUAUAUAAUACAUGGUAUUUGUAGAUAAUACUUAGUAUUUAUGGAAUUUUAUAAUCUUUUUUACCUUUAAUAAUCAAAAUGUGAUUGGGUAAGAAAGAUUAGAGAAAAAAAAAUUGAAAAACGAACCAUUAUUAUUCUAAAAGAAAUUAAUUACAUCAUCGUUUAGUAGCACGUGUUUCCUCCUCUUGCCUUCACUACUUCUUGAAGACGCCUCGGCAUACUUUCCACCAGUCGGGAAAUGUCCCUUUGCUGGAGGAUAGCCCAUUCCUCCCGAAGAGCCCUUUCAAGGUCCUACAGUGUAUUAGGAAGUGUUGCAUGCGCUCUUAUUCGUAUACCGAGGUUAUCCCAUAAAUGCUCAAUGGGGUUCAAAUCUGGAGAACGUGCUGGCCAGGCUAAAACCUUAAUAUUGUUCUGUUGAAGGAAUGUCUGCACUAUGCGGGCGACAUGUGGGCAUGCAUUAUCGUGCAUUAGAAUAGAACGAUCGCCGAUUUCGUUGAGGACAGGCAACACAUGAGAUUCCGAAAUCUCAUCUACAUAGCGAAUGGCCGUCAAAGACCCUCCAUGAACAACAACCAAUUCUGUGCGGCGCUCCAUUGAAAUCCCAGCCCACACCAUUAAGAAACCACGUUGGAAAGGUUGGCUCUGGGAAAAAUUACAGGCUGCAUAUCUUUCGUUUCUUCUUCUCCACACCUUUUCACGCCCGUCUGGAGAUCGAAGAGCGAAUAUUGACUCAUAUGUAAAAAGUACAGCACUCCAUUCAUCCAUAGUCCAAUGGCUGUGUUCUCGAGCAAAAGCCAGCCAUGUUACUCUGUGAGUUCUGGUCAACUCUGGUCCUCUUACUGGACGAAAAGCCAUUAAUCCAUACUCAUUUAAUCUUCUCCGAGUGGUACGUUCAGAAAUUAGCACACCUCGAACUUCUUCAAGCUGAUGAAUCGCUUGAACAACGGUAAGGUGGUAAGGACGCUUGAAACCGGUCAUCCCGUGGUUCUGUUACCCUAGGCCAUCCAGAACCGGGCCUAUAUAUAUAUAUAUAUAUAUAUAUAUAUAUAUAUUGUAAUGGAAAUAUUAUAUGUUGAAAUUAAUAGUUCAACAAUAGAAGUUUAAAUAAUGGCCAGAAAACUGUGAUGUCACGAAAUACUUUCAAAUAAUGGACAAAGAGGUGGAAGAAUACAGAUGGAAGGGAGAGCAGGAGCCAUAUGCUUGAGGGAGACAGUAACCGGCCAGUAAGGAAUGAGUAUCUAUAUCAGGACAGUAAAAUGGAAGAUUGAGAGAAGACAUUGGUAGAUGUUUGGUUUAGAGAAAGGAACAAGUUGGAUUAAUACAGUAAUGUCUGCAGAAACACUACAGUAGAAGAUUGACUAAAUUAUGUGCCAUGAGUGCAAAAUAUAUUGUGACAGUGUUAAAAGCGGCAAGUAUAGACCCCAACAAAUAAUUCUGUGGAAAUUCAUAGUUGUUUUAUAUAACAUGUAUGGUUUAAUGAUAUAUACACUUUGUAAAUAAGUAAUGUGUGUUUAAUUGUCACAGUCCAACCUGAUUAAUAUUUUAGAGUUUUUAUAAUAAAGUAAAUGUAAUUGUGUGAAAUAAAUAUAUGUUUUUAAAGAAACGGUUUUUU